AGGCGUGGCCGGGUGUCGUGAGGCGGGCCUUCGGGCUAGCUCGCCGUCGGCCGCCGGGGGGUUGGCUGGGUGUCUUUGGCUCUGGGAAGCGGCAGCAGAGGCAGGGACCACUCGGGGUCUGGUGUCGGCACAGCCAUGGCUGGCGCGCUAGUGCGGAAAGCGGCGGACUAUGUCCGAAGCAAGGAUUUCCGGGACUACCUCAUGAGUACUCACUUCUGGGGCCCAGUAGCCAACUGGGGUCUUCCCAUUGCUGCCAUCAAUGACAUGAAAAAGUCUCCAGAGAUUAUCAGUGGGCGGAUGACAUUCGCUCUCUGUUGCUAUUCUUUGACAUUCAUGAGAUUUGCCUACAAGGUACAGCCUCGGAACUGGCUUCUGUUUGCAUGUCACGCAACAAAUGAAGUAGCCCAGCUCAUCCAGGGAGGGCGGCUUAUCAAACACGAGAUGACUAAAAAGGCAUCUGCAUAACAAUGGAAAAUGAAGAACAAGGUCUUGAAGGGACAGCAUUGCCAGCUGCUGCUGAGUCACAGAUUUCAUUACAAAUAGCCUCACUAAGGAAAAUACACUGAAUGCUAUUUUUACUAACCAUUCUAUUUUUAUAGAAAUAGCUGAGAGUUUCUAAACCAACUCUCUGCUGCCUUACAAGUAUUAAAUAUUUUACUUCUUUCCAUAAAGAGUAGCUCAAAAUAUGCAAUUAAUUUAAUAAUUUCUGAUGAUGGUUUUAUCUGCAGUAAUAUGUAUAUUAUCUAUUAGAAUUUACUUAGUGAAAAACUGAAGAGAACAAAAUUUGUAACUACUAGCACUUAAGUACUCCUAAUUCUUAACAUUGUCUUUAAUGACCACAAGACAACCAACAGCUGGCCACGUACUUAAAAUCUUGGCCCCACUGUUUAAAAAUGUUAUCUGUGUAUUUCCGUGCAGUGUGUAUAUUGAGAUGCUGUAACUUAAUGGCAAUAAAUGAUUUAAAUAUUUGUUAAA